GGCACAUGGUGUGCGGACGCCGAUCCGGUCGGUUCGUAUCUCACUUAACAACUUGUCGACUUCGUAACUCUCGCAAAAUCCCGCGCGUUUUCCAAUUUUGCGAUUUUGGCCUGUAGUUUCGCAAGUUUGAUCAAUCACGCUCUAGGUCCAAAGGUCAGUCGUAGUAGCUGCCAAUUGCUUGGGUUUUUGAGUUUUUCUUUUUUUUGUUUUGGUUUGGUUUGGUAUCCGACCGCGGUGACCCGGAGCGACAUUUUAGUACGGAAAAUUUUAAACCCGAAAGUUUUUAAAUCUCGUGUUAACUUAACCCUUUCCGGAUUUCGAUUGGUUUCUUCAUCCACGUAGAAGUUUUUAACUAUUUUAAUUUGCUUUGGCGUUGAAUGUUGCUUUCCACUAGCUGCAUCCAAUAUCGCCCUCUUUUUGGGAAGGAGGUGGAGGUGCCGUCCAGAUAUUUGUGGAUGAUAGUAAUUUAUUAUGCUGUGAAAUAUUCGUUCCUCGUCUGGUCAAUUGAAACAGGAACGACGAUGAGCUGUCUUCUUGCCGGAUUAACCUUUCUCCUGAUAUACACUGAUGUUACCCGCGCGGUCAGCUGGGAAGAGUGGUGGACCUACGACGGGAUAUCUGGUCCCGCCUUCUGGGGUCUAAUAAAUCCGGAGUGGUCACUAUGCAACAAGGGUCGGAGACAGUCACCCGUUAAUCUGGAACCCAGUAAGCUGCUCUUCGACCCCAACCUCAGGCCUUUGCACAUCGAUAAACACCGAGUGAGCGGCACAAUCAUGAACACCGGUCAUAGUGUGAUAUUUACAAUCUACAACGAUACCAACACCCACAUAAACGUGACGGGAGGACCGUUGUCCUACAAGUAUCAAUUUCAAGAAAUCCAUAUCCACUACGGGCUCCAUGAUCAGUUUGGGUCCGAGCACUCGAUAAACGGAUAUGCCUUCCCGGCCGAGAUACAGAUUUUCGGCUUCAACUCUCAGCUGUACACGAAUUUCACGGAGGCGCUUCAUAAGGCUCAAGGGAUCGUUGUCAUUUCGCUUCUCUUGCAGCUUGGAGAUUUGUCAAAUCCAGAAUUAAGGAUCCUGACGGACCAGUUGGACAAGAUAAGGUACGGAGGUGAAGAGGUAGAAGUGAAACGGUUUUCAGUUCGGGGGAUUCUUCCUGAAACUGAAUACUACAUGACGUACGAUGGCUCGACGACAAUGCCGGCGUGUUACGAAACCGUCACGUGGCUUAUACUCAACAAACCCAUUUACAUUACCAAGCAACAGAUGCAUGGGUUGCGUCGACUGAUGCAGGGCGACGCGAAACAUCCCAAAGCGCCUUUAGGAAAUAAUUUUCGACCGCCCCAGCCGCUACAUCAUCGGCCGGUUAGGACAAAUAUUGACUUCAACAUCAAAAGCCGGGCCACUACAGGAAAGCAGUGUCCGAGCAUGUAUAAAGACGUUUACUACAAGGCGAACAGUUGGAAGCAGCACUGAGAAAGUGAAAGAACUCGACUACGUGCCAUAUCCGAAACACAUAUUGACCCGCGGGAAAUCAUACUAUAAUAUCGUGUUGUGACCAAAAAGAAAAACUUGCUAUCCUGGUGUUAUCCAAAAUACAAAUAAUAAAACAUAUCAUACCCAUAUAUUUUGCGAUGAUCCGUUGUGCGAUAUGAUACGACUGAGAUUAAAAAAAAAUAAAAUGCUUUAUUUUAGAAUUAGACAAGAAAUCGUUUAAAUGUUCUGUUGUCGGUUUCGUUGAAGUUUCGUUCAUGGCCUAAAACGCUAAACUUAUAAAUUAAAUAUUAUAUCAUGUAUAAUAAGUAUUUUAGUAUAUGAUAAUGUACAUUUAGGUGAGGGAAAUAAGUUAAUAAAGUUGUUUUU